AUGACUCCGUACCAAAGGAGAAUUGGCAUCGGGCAAUGGAUCGUGGCAGUAAAGCUAGAUUCAGAAGCGUCAAGGCAAGCGAUUAGUCAUUACGAACUGGGAUCCAGAGAGAUUGGUGACGUAACCCGAGAUCCGCUUGGCCUGCUUAUCCCCAUCCGAUGGUAUUACGAACGCCCACGAGGAAGUGAUAUCUGGUAUGAGCGCACACACCAAGUACUCAUGCCAGAAUAUGAAGCAGUAUGUGUGCCUGUGAUUCCUACGUAUUUGCCUCAGAAAACAAACCGGAAGGAUCGAAUCAUCCUUUGGACUACAACACAAAUUGAGGGGGUGCGAGGCGUGAACGACAGAAGCAUCCUUCAGGAAGCAGCAGCUCGUAGCCGGCUAAGAUUUGAUAGCACCAUUUCUAGUGGGUAUCCACUCGAGAUGGCAACGGCUUGCACCGAAUACAGGCGCUACCGUGGGGUAAAGUGGUGUUUCGAGUGUGAGCGCUGGCAUCAUGCAAAUUGCAUGCCAAGAGACUGCACUAUGCCUGGAUUAAGGGACUCUUUCACUGCUAACGCUAGAGAUGCGAGUGUGCAGUAUGCGAGCGGCCCGCCGGAUAAAGCUGUAAGUGUUCAAGCAGGCGAUGGCAGUGUGUACGAAGCAAACCCAGGUCAUUCUCGCGGUGGUUCGGCCAUGCAGUCGCCCGGAGGAUAUACCGUAACUGGCCAACUGAGAAUCCACCGUGACGACGUCACUUCUACCCGCUGUGAACUGCACGCGCUACUAAUAACUUUAUUACUCCUUCUAACUAUUGUAACAUAG